GUAUAUAAAAGCUGGGCCACUGUUUUCAAUCACAGAUGCAACAACCGUCUUGAUCUUUAUUUUUUAUUUUUUCUUUCGUCUGCCUUCAACAUGAGAUUUGUGAUUUUUGUUGUUGUGCUAGUAACAGCAUCUUUAGCCCAGCAACCUAGCACAACCCCUAUCCCGAUAAUAAGGCAAGUUAACGAGAUAAACCCCGAUGGGUCAUUUAAUUACAUCCUUGAAACUGGCAAUGGUAUUUACGCGGACGAACAAGGAUAUCCUAAACAAGUAGGUGACGUUUUAACGUUAGCAGCCCAAGGACAAACUCAAUACGUAUCACCUGAAGGACAGGUCAUAAGAUUGCAGUAUACUGCUGACGAAAAUGGAUAUCGUCCCGUUGGAGAUCAUUUACCAACACCCCCGCCCAUUCCGGAAGUUAUUAAAAAAUCGUUAGAACUUUUACCAACUCUUCCGCAAGAAGAACCCCAAAAGCCUCGAUAAUUUUUUCGUUUUUAUUAAAUAUUUUUGAAAUUAUUUUUAUAAAAUAAGACUGUGAAUUAUUAAUGAGUGAUUUUAACAAUAAAAAAAGUGAACGAAUCAGUA